ACACAUUCCGGUAAAAUGUGUGUUUCCGUAUUGAUACUUGCUCUGUUUGGGUCCGUUCUGGGGACCCAUAAGGACCCACAUUUCUCUGACAAUCACGGUACUAUUGUACAUCUCUUUGAAUGGAAGUGGUCCGAUAUUGCUGAUGAGUGUGAACGAUUUUUGGGCCCUAUGGGCUAUGGUGGUAUUCAGACCUCUCCUGUACAAGAAAACGUAGUAAUUGGUUCAAGACCAUGGUGGGAGCGUUACCAACCAAUUUCCUACAAAUGGGUCACACGUUCUGGAGAUGCAGAAGCGUUCAAAGACAUGGUCAGAAGGUGCAACAAGGACGGCGUCAGGAUCUACGUUGAUGCCGUCAUCAACCACAUGUCUACGAACCAGAAGCUUGCAGUCGGUACCGGCGGCUCAACCGCUGAUACUUCCGCUUUUCAAUUCUACGCAGUUCCCUACGGUCCCGGUGACUUCAACAGGGGAUGUUCAGUUACCAAUUACAAAAACGUCUCAAAUGUCCGGAAUUGUGAACUGAAUGGAUUACGUGACUUGAACCAGGGCAAGAACUACGUCAGAGAGAAGAUUAUCGACUUUAUGAACGGAUUAAUUGAUGUUGGUGUUGCUGGUUUCCGUAUCGACGCUGCCAAGCAUAUGUGGCCAAACGACCUUGAGAUCAUCUACAACAAGCUACAUAACCUCAGCACAAAACACGGUUUCAAAUCAGGCCAGCGUCCUUACAUCUACCAGGAAGUUAUCGAUAAUGGCGGCGAAGCCGUUUCCAGCAAAGAGUACAACAGGAACGCUGCAGUUACUGAGUUUAAGCACAGUAAUAAACUAAGCAACGCUUUCCAAGGCAGAGACGCCCUGAAGUGGCUCAUCAACUGGGGCGAAGGUUGGGGUUUCUUGCCAUCCGGUGAUGCCCUGGUCUUUGUUGAUAAUCAUGACAACCAACGUGGUCAUGGAUCUGGAGGAUCGAUCUUGACCCACAAGAAAUCCAAGCUCUACAAGAUGGCCACUGCAUUCAUGUUGGCCCAUCCCUACGGAGUUACCCAAGUCAUGAGCUCUUUCCACUUCGAUAACAGUGACGCUGGUCCUCCAGCUGAUUCCUCCGGAAACAUCAUCUCCCCGGGUAUAAAUGCAGAUGGCACCUGCAGCAACGGAUGGGUCUGCGAGCAUCGUUGGCGUCAGAUCUACAACAUGGUUCGUUUCCGUAAUGUUGUCAAAGGCACCGCACUUAACGACUGGUGGGACAACAAGAGCAACCAAAUCGCCUUCUGUCGCGGCGGAUCUGGUUUCAUUGCAGUGAAUGGCGACUCCUGGGACCUUAAACAGACCCUUCAGACUUGUCUGCCGGCUGGUACUUACUGUGACGUCAUUUCCGGUAACUUGGUGAACGGAAAAUGCUCCGGAAAGUCUGUUACUGUCGGUCGCGAUGGUAAGGCUUACAUCGAAAUAUUAAAAUCGGAAUACGAUGGCGUUCUGGCUAUUCAUAAACAGGUAAAGACUAAAAAUCAACACAGUUGGAAAUGGUAUCGAUUAGCAGAUUGGAAUUUACUUCCUUACGUCGUCCCCAAAUUAAAUGCACCAAGUGAUGUUGAAAGGACCGGAAAAGGUGGUAAUCAAAAGCGGCAAGGUCUGGAGAAUACGACGCCGCGCGAACGAAAAUUUCUUAAUUUGAUCUUAUUUGAAACGACAAAAGAAAACAGUGCCUCAAGUGCUGCUUUUGGAAAGACAUUGUAUUCACUCUGGUUUUUGAGGUUAUAUCGAUAAGAGUGCCAUCUGUUAUAGAGUAUUUUAAAGCCGAGGCUUAGUACUUCCAGACCACCAUAGGGCGGUAAAACAUUGAAGUUUGAAUGGUGUUAUCGCUAACUAAAGAUUAGGGCCGAGAACUUAGUUGUAUGUACACCUAAUAAAAGUGACAAGAUAUGAAGAAAUAAAAAAUUUUAUUUCAUCUA